AUGGAUGUGGGUAUGGAUGUGGGUAUAGAUGUGGGUAUGGAUGUGGGUAUACAUGUGGGUACGGAUGUGGGUAUAGAUUUGGGUAUGGAUGUAGGUAUGGAUGUGGGUACGGAUGUGGGUAUAGAUGUGGGUAUGGAUGUGGGUAUACAUGUGGGUAUGGAUGUGGGUACGGAUGUGGGUACGGAUGUGGGUACGGAUGUGGGUAUACAUGUGGGUACAGAUGUGGGUAUGAAUAUGGAUGUGGGUACAGAUGUGGGUAUGAAUGUGGGUACAGAUGUGGGUAUAGAUGUGGGUAUGGAUGUGGGUACGGAUGUGGGUAUGGAUGUGGGUACAGAUGUGGGUAUGAAUGUGGCUAUCGAUGUGGGUAUAGAUGUGGGACAAUGGAUCGGAUCCCAGCCGGAGAAACAAAACAACAACGCUGUAAAAGGGGCAGAGAUGAAUCGGUCUUCUGGUCAGGCUCCGGAGACGGGCACAUCGUGCGCCACUCCCUAG